CUACCUGAAAAUCCCAAAGUAUAAGAACAUGUCCCCACGGAACCUUUUUUGCGUUACUCUUAUUUUAGCACGGAAGACUGAGCUGGAGCACACAUUUUUAAAAGGUUUUGAGCAGAGCAGUGGGGUCCGCUGUGUGCAAUAUGGCGAGUGUGGGCGUGUCAGAGGGCCUUCUGCUGGAACAGUCCUGGGUUCCUGUCCGCCUGGGGGGCGUCCAGCUCCUGGCGAAGUCGUGCUUUGCAGACACGGCGUACCGGCUUCUGCUGAGUGACCUUCAGUGUGUGUGGGAAGAAGAGAUGGAUGCUGCUGCCAUUGACGGCAGAGCACAGGCACUGAACAGGCGUCUGACUGCCCCAGUCUCCGCCUUCUUCUCACACCUGUGCUCGGUGGCGUGUCCGCGCCUGGCUGGGGGCGGCGAAGGCGAGUUUGAGGAAAGCGCGGACGUGGCGGAGUUCUCCCUGCAGCGAUCGCAGGGCCGCCUGGACAUCCGACUCAAGAGCGAGCUCGCAGGGAUGCCCUUCUACUGGGAAUUCCGCUGCACCCCUGCGCCUGUGAAAGUGGUGUGCAGUCACUUGGUGCAGCCCUUGUUGGCGGUGAGCAGGGUGCUCCAGAGGCAGGUGGGGGAGCUGGGGGCUCUGCUCACCAGGAAGGAUGCAGAAAUCCAGGAGUACAAGGAGAGUGGAGCAGUGCUGAGCAGAGCUCGAUUGAAGACGGAGGUGUUUGAAGAACAGAGCUACAGAGAGAGCUUCAUCACACAGGUACUGCCCGAGGUGUGCUCUGCCCAGGACCAGCUGGGGUUCGACGCAGACCUGCAGGAGCUGUACACAGCCGUGACUGCGCAGAGGAGCAGCCACAAGCGGAAGAGCUCCGACAACCAGGCCCCCGGGGACCACUUCCCCAAAAAAAAGAGCACCCUGGAUGAGGCCCCCAACAGCUCCACAGCCCCAGGGGCGGAGCUCGCUGCUGCUCUGGAUCAGACACAGAGCAGCUCAGCUGGGCCAGAACCAGGGCCCGGGUCAGCAGGACCAGAGGGUCCCCACGGUGAACAGACUGCACCCCUCAACAACGUCCAGUCUGAUAGGCCUUCUUCGCGACCCCGGAAGAAGAAAGCUGUCGGCCUGUUUCGGUGACCGCUGUCCCAGUGGAUGCUCAUCCUGGUGUGUUCGCUCUAUUUUAAGGACUGAUCUCGGGCAGUAUCUAUUCUUCCAACAAACAAGUUUUUUUAAACAAUCCAUUAAUCCCCCCCCCCUUUU